ACAGGUUUGCUCUUGGUUAAGUUCUCCGUUCCUAACCCACUGCAAACAGUGCCUUUUGCAGUUAAAAACAUGGUCACCAGAUUUGUCAUUCCUGUCUAGGUGUGAUGAAGAAAUGUCAUGCUAAUCGGUGGAUGAUAUCUGAGUGUUAUGAUUACGCGUUAGUGAUUGAGCUAUUACGAUCCAUCUAACUUUCCUUGAUGAUUGCAGCUUGAAGCGGUCUAAGAAGUUUCAGCCUGAAGAUAGACUAUUCUCAUUAUCUUCAGUUACCUCACCUGCAGUAUGUACCCUUUCUACUCAACUGUGAACUUACCAUGGCAAUGAAACUGACCAAUUGCCUGAAAGCAGUAACACUUCAUGUGUCUUUGCUAACCUUUCAACUGAGACGUGAUAAUUGAAAUGGAGAGGAAAAGCUUUUUAAAACAUUUAUGUUUCCUUGUUACUUACACUGUCCACUGGCCAGGCUGAGGAGCAAGCGCUUGGACGAGAUGAUGGCAAAUCAGACUUUGAUCCUGGUCGGUCCAAGGGUGGCGGCAUAUAUUCAAACGGGCAAGGAAAACCAAAGAGGGGAAGAGGCACACCAAGAGAUGCCAAGAGAGUCAGGGCUUCAGUGGAUCCUGACUUUGACUAUGAUGAUGAUCCUGAUUUGAUGUGAAAAAAUCAG